GAAUUGGUUUUUAAGACUAACAAAUAUUUAUCACACCGAAACAACAUUACUUUCCGGUCUCCGUAACUUAAAUGAAAUAGGUUUUGUGUUUAGUAUUUUGUUGAAUACUUGUAUUAAGGAUAUCUGUAGUUUGGGAUUAUCUGUAACUCGAUAAUUGCGGUAUAAAUGAAUAAACAAGAAAAAAGAUUACGUCCAUGUGACAGUGAUAUCAUACAAGUGCGGGAAGUGACUUUUAUUUAUUUUCUACCACUGGGAGAGCAUUCGACACGGAAGCAGGUUUUGGAAUUUGCUGACAAGGAAAAUUAAUUAGCAGAUGCUCGCAAUGAUUCAUCAUAUUUAAAGCACCAUUUGAUAAAAUGGAGACUUGUCUCUUUUCGAAAAUGCCCGCUAAUACAAAUCAUGAAUUUAAAAUAAUCCUCCUUGGCGAAUCGGGUGUAGGGAAAACAUCCUUGGCUCAUGCGUAUACAACUGGAAAAUUUAAUCCUAGACAUCAAUCGACAGUAGUGGCUGAUCGCACUUCUAAAGAAUUCACCUUUAAAGGGGUAAGAGUGAAACUUAGUAUUUGGGAAACAUCAAAUCAGAACUGGUUCAAAAAUGUCGUCCCUAACUACUACGAUGGUAUUUUCCUGGUCUAUGACACUACAGACAUGAUGACUUUCAAUGCUCUUUCUGAUUGGCUGACACGAUUAAAAGAAAAAAGUGACGGAGCUGUCAUCCUCGUAGUUGGAAAUAAGAUAGACCACCCAGAUUGCACUGUCGUACCACGUGAUGUAGCGAAGAGAUUCGCUGGAGACGAGGAUUUAGAAUUCAUUGAAUCUAGUGCGAAAAAUGGUGACAAUGUAGUUCAUAUUUUCGAGCACCUUACUUUAAAAAUUCUUCUCACAAAGAAAUUGGUUGUCAAUGAGGAAGUAAACUGUGAAUUAUUUACGAGUGCAGACCAACAUAAUGCUGAAGAUGAACUUAGAACUGAAAAACUUCAGCCGUUGAACCUGAAAAUUCCAAAACAAUUAGAGACGAAUCAGAAGAACAAACUCCAAACAAAAUGUUUAGUUGCAUGUGAAGUCAACUGUGAGCUUUCAACUCCUUCCAGAAAUAGAUUGGCAAAUCAAACUAAUAAACCUGAACUGGUUCAAGAACAACAUCAAGAACCUAUGUCAGAUUUUCGAAGAAAUAAUCUGGAGUCAACCCAUCAUAACUCCUUCAACACGGCUCAACCAAAAACCAAUCCCUCAAACCAAACCAACUUCCAAGCACUAACUGCCAACAGUGAUACAUUGACUAAUCAAAAUUUUAAACAUGAACUUUUAGAUGAACAGUCAAAUCUGGAAUCUCAGAAACGUCCGCAAAGAUCUGACAUGCAAAACUCAGCUAAUAACGCAAGUAACGAAACACGCAAUACAUUACAAAAUGCUCAGCGGAGAGCAUUCAGCAGCGGGAAUGUCCAUGCAAACAUACCUCAGACAACUCCAGCUAAUAGAGAUGAUAACGAUACUGAACAAUCAUUAGGUUUUCUUUGUUAUGACAGUAGUUUGCUAUUGACUUUCUUUCUCUUAAAUAAAAAUAGAUGAUAAACAA